AUGACCUCCAGCGGAGACAUACUCCACACCGACCCACCUUCCUCGGGAGAAAGACCCUCAUACUCGGAGAGAUUCAAAGAGACCUUCAAAGAGCAUAUACGAAAGAACUUGAUUGGGGAGACUUACUUACCUGCGGGUAUGCUCUCAGGUGUGCUGAGCCAGGAAACCAUCAAAAAUAUUCUGCUAGAGACAGAGCUUGAAAGGAGCCAGGUCAAUGAAUUGAGUCAAUCGAUUCUUCCCGGCGCAGUCAAGGUGUUUACAAUACUCUUGCUGAUUGGAAGGCUGGAGCGGAUCCUAUACUUCAUUGAGGAUGAUCAAUUGCAGCCCAGUACGCUUGAUCAGAAAUUACCUCUUCCCUUGGAAAAAGUGCUCUCACAUCUGGACGAUGAAGUUGCAGCCGCUCAAUUCUACAAACAGCAGUGGGCAUUUACGGCCCCAGUAUUCAGUCGAAGCUCGCUUCCUAGGGUGCUCGAGAAGAAGACAGUAAUGCCCUUCAUAGAUUCAAAGUCGGAAGGAGAAGGCGGAUUUGGAGAAGUACAUCGGAUCUUGAUUGAUCCAAGUCACCAUACGUUUGCUCACUCUAGCCGUCAUUGGUUCAUCCGCAAAGAGUUAAAGGCGGACGUAGCCACUCAGCAUGACUACGAGCUAGAGCUUCGCAACCUAUCGACACUGAGGCUCAUGAAGCACCCGUACCUGGUUGACCUCCUGGCCUGCUUCACCUAUCGCGAUAGAUACAAUUUUAUCUUCCCUUUAGCAAUAGGAGGGUCCCUCGCUGACAUGUUUUUGGGGCGGCGGCCCUCGCCCUUUGAAGCUUUUGAGGAAACCUUCCUUGCAUUUAGCGGUAUCGUUUCGGCUGUUCGUGCUGUCCAUGAUGGCUUUGCAGACGGCGUUGAGGUGAUCGGUUGCCAUCGGGAUCUCAAACCAUCAAAUAUCCUGUUGAAUGGGAAGACCAUGCUUUUAGCAGACUUCGGCCUUUCCAGGUUCAAGCAGCCCGAGGAAGGGUCUGCGUCAUACUUCAGAGCUGGCCGUGGAGACUACCUGGCCCCAGAGUGCGAGGACUUGGACGGACUUUUCAAAAAACACGUCAUCCAUCGGUCGAGUGAUAUAUGGUCUUUAGGAUGCAUCCUAUCCGAACUGUUAGUCUUCAUGUUGGCCGGGACAUCGGGAAUAGAGAUGUUCAGAUCGUCGCGGGAAUUCAAAAGGGAUGGUUGCGUAUAUUAUCGCUUCCAUCAAGGCCGCGAUACCUUGAAUCCAGGAGUAUGGGAUCACCUAAAAGCCUUCCAAAGCAGUGGGACUGAACAUGCUCGUUCCGUCUUGUCAGUUGUUGAGAAGUUACUAGUGUUGAACCCGGAGGAGCGACCGAGAAUCAGUGUAGUCGACGCAUACUUACGGCGAUUUUGCAUUGAAACCUUGUCAGAGCAGAUUACAGAUAUGUAUGGUCAACUUUGCGAAGAGAAGAGCUUGAUACCAGCACUCGUUGAAAUGCAAAGAUUUCGAAGCUGGCAUAUGGAGGUUCGAGAUACCAACCAUGCGAGUGCAUCUUCGUUCUUGUCUGCCAAAACCCACGAGGCCUUCGCGAAUGUUAUGGAGUCAUUAAAGGAAUUGAGGCAGACUCUGAAUGUCAUAAUCAUCGAACCAAAGCCGCGACAAAGCCAAACAUACUUGCUUCUGCGCAAGAUCAACGACGUCCUUUACGACGCACUACCAGAGGAGUGGGUUGAAUCUGGCAAAACCCGCUUUGAAUGUCUGAUGCUUCAGUCGGAAGAUACUGCCCACCUUUUUGAGCUUUCUGAAGCUCUGGCUCGGAAUUCAAUCCAAGCUGUUGGUCGCAUCUCACAACUCGCAGCUGUGAAACGUCUUAAUCUGUUGGUCGAUAUGCACAAGCAAAACUCUAAUUCCUGUAUUAACCGACUGGAUUUUGAUGACAUCGAAAAGAAGGGGUGGCUGGAGCAAAAUUACCUGGGCUGGGUGAAACAGGCCAAAGGCAAUCCAAUAAAGCAGAGCGUCAUCAUUGAGCUGAAGAACUAUGAUGAUCACUACUCGAUCGCAGAAAUCGCGUCGCAGCUAUUCGCAAGACUUGAAGCGGUAGUCAGUUUGCUCAAUGCUGCCCAGUAUCUCCGCGUUCUUCCUUGCUUGGGCUACUACCACGAUCCAUCGAGCUAUUCUCUGGGCCUAGUUUACAAAUGUCCUAUCGCUCAUGAGACGGGAAAGUCGACUGUGAAUACCCUUCACGCCAUUCUUGAGAAGGCAGUUGAGAAGAGGGGUUCAAAGCGUCCAUCCCUUGGACAUCGCUUCCAGCUGGCAUGUAGCUUGGCCUCAUCAGUCCUGGAAUUUCACAAAGUUGGCUGGGUACAAAAAGCAGUUUCUGCCCUCAAUAUCAUAUUCUUCAAACCAUCAGACGCAUCAUGGAAACGGCACAUGACCGAGCCUUACUUCCUCGGGUACCUGAACAGCCGCGAAGACGGCAAGGGCGUGUUUACUGAAGGACCGACCGAUGAUGAGCGUCUCAGACGCUAUCUCUCUCCCGAAUACCUUCACAACCAACGCUAUAAACACCACUUCGAUUAUUAUAGCCUUGGCUUAGUGCUCUUGGAGGUGGGCCACUGGAGAACUUUGGACAACAUCGUUGGGGACUUGGGAAAAUCGCCAGAGGAGCUCCGGGCGUGGCUAUUGAAUGUGGCUGUACCCAAACUUGACCAGAUGAUGGGCUCCAUCUAUGAGAGAGUGGUUGGGAACUGUCUGCGGUGGCAGCCAGAGUUUGAAGGGCAAGAGAAAGGAAUACCAUCUGCAGAAUGUCUUCGAUUUAGCGAGCUUGUUGUCGGAGAACUCGCUCUGUGUAGAGCGUGA